CGAAUGCAUAGUUUUUGGCGCUUAUUAAACAAACCUCGUAUUGAUGACUGGAGCCCUUUAGCCAAAUUUUUCUAUGCAGACGAUGCUCUAAAUAUUAUUGCUCAAGAAUUGGAUUCUUUUGAUGGUAGACGAGAUCCAGAACGUUGUAGUCAAUUAGUUAGUAAAUUAAGACAAGCACAAGACAGAGUUCUUCAUAUAAUAUCAGAAAUGGUUUUAAUUUGUUUUCCGCAUGAAAAUGAAAGGACGGGUCGAGAUUAUCGAGUAAAAUUUCCUGAUGAGAUAGUUCAUGAUAAUUUGCCUGGACAAUUGUGGUUUGGGGCUGAAUGUUUGGCUGCUGGAUCUAAUAUUGUUGACCGCGAGGCUGAAAGCGAAUCAAUUCGCCCUAUGGCUAAAACAUUUGUUCGCCACCUUGAGAAAUUGAGAGAUCAACUAAAGGAGCAGGCAAUUCGCGAUCCUAGCCACUACCCCGAUUCUAUAAGAACUCAAUUACAAGUUUUUGACCGUUUAUUUGCUGAAUUUGAAUUUGCCUAUGUAAGCGCCAUGGUGCCUGUUAAGUCUGUUCGAGAAUAUGAUCGACAGCUUGAUGUUGCCGUUCUUUUUUCUGAUUGUCUUACGAGGUUUUUUUUGGAUUAUUUAAGAUUCGUUUGUGAUGUUGGGCGUUUCCGAGAUUGUGGCAAAAGAGCCAUCUCAAUCCUUACAUCUAUCAGAAAACUUUCAAAAUACUUUUAA